UUGUUUGUACAGCGAAUGCGCAAAUUGGUCGUCCCACUGCCAUCGCUGGCGAUAUCUAUUGGCAACAAUAAAAAACUAUCGCUGCUACCUGACGCGUCGCAUGCUGGCACAGACGACAAAACUUUGUCUUUCGCAUGCAUAAGGGAAAUGGAGGCCAAGACUGUUGCUAAUCAAAGUAUGGAAGAUACGCGUGAUCCCCUUGCCGGAGAGAGGGUGCGGGAAAGCCGAUCCAAACUAAAUAUGGAUAUGGAUAUAUUGCGAGGCAAGGUCCAAGAAUUCCGCCACUUAACGUCGGAACUGAGCAACGACUGGAAUGCUUUGAAGGCUGAUAUUCUGGAGGAAACUCGCAGCCUGGAGGAGUACGUUUGUCUGCAGAACAUGAUUAUAAAGGAAUCGAAUGGUGAAUCGGCUGAACUGCCAUGACAGAAAAUACACCAAUUGGCAGUUCCUUUUGACAAUAGAAACCUCCCAAGAUUUAAGUUAUUUAAGUGUGGAAUAAAGCUGUGAACAAAUC